AGAUAUUUUACAGGAGGAUUUUUAGCUUCUUGAAAGGUUUUACCGUGAAAUUAAUUCCUUUGGUUAUCUUAAUAUGUAUUUGAAAUAAAACUCGUUUUGUUUGUCUGAGUAGCUUCGCAGGACCAUGGCUGCUGGGUAAACCAGAUUACACCCUCCAUCCUCCCGUUGCUGAGCGGCUUCUGCUGUGAUCAGUCCCUUCGCUGUUAUAAUGCUAUUUUAUUAUCCUGAUGUUUGUGUGUGGACAAGUCUUGACCUCUGCAAGAGUGGAAGGGGCUCUCUUCCAAGGAGGACGAGGAGGCAUUCACUCUAUUUGCAAGUGGGUGCUACUAGUGAGCAGAAGGGCCUGGAAGCCAGGAGGACGCCUGGAGCCAGAGCAGGACAGGCAGACCUGAGUUCUCCUCCAGUCCCCUGGGUAACCCUGCAGGGCCUGCCCCCCCACUGCCUCUCACACCCCUCUGGGUAAACAGACACAUCUGGGAGGCACCUGUUUGCAAUGUCUGAACCCGAGGACUGAGUGACAGACCUGAGCCAUCCUGGGUCAUGAUCUCUUAGAGUCUUGCUGUCCCAAGUGAGGUCAGAAGACCACCUGGGGGCCUGUUGGAAAAGCACAAUCUCAGCCCACCCAUAGUGGCUAUAUUUGACAAGAUCUUCAGUGACCCUAUGCACUUGUGGGGAGUCACUGAUCUCAAGAAUAUCAAAGGGGGAAAGGGGCUUUUACAGGGGUCAGAGCAAAGGAUGCUUACCUCUCCUGGGACUGCAGAGAAGUUCUGGAAACCUGACUGUGGCAAUGUGGUAGAUGUACAGAUUGGCUAUAAGGGCUCAAAAUUCUCUCCCAGGAUUGGGAGGAUGGUGUUCCAUUAGAGACUGGUUCUGGAUUAUCCUCGGGUCAAAAAAAGCUCAUAUAACCAGAAGAUACUGAGUAACAGGGUCUGCCCAGAACUCCCUCAGUAAGGCCCUUUAGCGACUGUUGGAAUGUUUCAGCCUCGAAUGUAAAUGGCAGUGUUGGUGAGAAAGGAAAGUGCCUGUCGAGCUUGGGCCGGGCGGGAGCUGGGAGGGGAAGCCCAGCUCAUUGAUGCUGUGAUUUUUCCCUCCCAGCCCUGCCCAGUGGCCCGACAGCGUUGGGGCUCUCCAUUCCCAGCGACCCCGGGCCAAGCCCACCCAGCCCUUGCCCUUGCCCCUGCCCCUGCUUGCCAUUUUUCCACCAGGGUGGCCAACAGUUUCCUGACCUCAGAGAAUUGUUCUAAAGGUCAUUGUUCCAAAGGUCCAUCCGUCCAUCUGUCUGUCUAUCCAUACAUAUGCAACCCCCUGGGGUUCUUUGAUAUCCUUUAUUCUCUGGUUGUUUCAUCUGACUGCCUCAUCGUGUCCCUGCCUUUAGUGUCCCAUGUGUCGAGCUGGACUGACUUUAGGAGUAGCUGCUCAUGGAAGCCAGAGGUGUGCCUUAGUAACGAACUUAGUCAUGUUCGUUUAGAGCCAUCUUGUCUGCGGGUCUGCAGUGUCCCACACUUGCACCAGGCGCCUUGCAUCUCUGCUUAGACCUUACAGGAAUCCAGCCUAUAGGUGGUUUAUCUCCACCUUACAGGCGAGGAAUCUGCCUCUGCUCACGGUCACACGGCGGGCAAGUGCAGGCGCAAGGCCAUUAUGAUUGCAGAGUCCUGUCCUUUCCCCUCCUUUGGCGUGGCAUGAGCUGAUGCCCUCUCACACAAAAGAGGACACGAGGGUGGGGCUCUCCUCAUCUGCCAGGCUCUGUGCCUCAGGGAUUGCCUGAGCUGGUGGGAGGCUGCGGACGCAAGAGAGGGUAGGCUUGCCUCACUUGUGAUGACCUGGGGGAGCGUGUGGCUGGAUUGCUCCUUAAUCCGCCAUUAAUCAGAAGUUAAUCAGAGGGCAAAGAAGCCCUUUCAUCCACUCUGCUGAUUCUGUUUGCUUAUUAGCUAAAUGCUGCCUGCUUUCUCUGUGAGGAGAACUUGUCACAUGCCUGGGUGCUGUCCAUCAUGCACAUGGCGGAGCCACUCUGUCUGCAAAAAUGAGGACCCUUCCUCAAAAUUCUAGGGAGAGUAACAUUUGGGUGGAAGUGCUCUUUCACUCAUUAACUCUCUGCCUUUGGAAUGCUUCCUCCGAGGCCUGCCGAGAUGCCUAUCCUGGUGGAAGACGUCAUGCAGCUGCUCUGCUCCAUUUCUGAGGAGAGGAAGAUGAAGGCAGCCUUCAAACACUCAGGGAGGGGCGCCCUGGUCACAGGAGCUGUGGCCUUCGUUGGUGGUUUAGUUGGUGGCCCACCGGGACUAGCCGUUGGGGGCGCCGUCGGGGGCCUGUUAGGGGCCUGGAUGACGAGCGGGCAGUUUAGGCCCAUCCCACAGAUCAUAAUGGAGCUGCCGCCGGCCGAGCAGCAGAAGCUCUUUAAUGAAGCCGCGGCCGUCGUCAGGCACCUGGAGUGGACGGAUGCCGUGCAGCUGACCGCGCUGGUCCUGGGCAGCGAGGCCCUGCAGGAGCGCCUGCUGGCCGUGCUGGUGAACUAUGUCACCAAGGAGCUCCGGGCCGAGGUUCGCUACGACGACUAGGCCACUGCCCGGGACGUGAGGGGCUCGUUAGAUGACUCUCCUCACUCCUAGGAGGGGACCCGGGAGCUUGGGAAGCCCCAGCACUGGGGUGUCACCUUAAACUGGAGCAAAAUCUCCUGCUGUGAUUUUGAGCAGGCUGCUGCUGUGCCAUAUCAUGUUCUGGAAAUUAUUUAUGAAGACGUGUUCUGUGGUCGUGUGCAUUAAUGCGCACUCGCAGCCCUGCGCCUGGGCAGCUGGCGAGAAGCGGAGGUGCGCCCAGCAGUCCUCGGUAGGCUCUGAAUGCGCUCUGGCUUACGCGGGAGAGCGGAGCAAGGCCGUCCAGUUCAGCUGUCCUGCCUUGUGAAGAUGACGCCUGGCCCGAGCACUGAGCACCGAGCACCGGUGCGGGGCUGGUUCCCAUCUCGUGGCCUCGGAGCCGCCCGUGCUGGGAUCACCGGCGCCCAUCCCCUGCGGACUUCUGCGUGGCCUCCUGGAGGGGCAGGCGGCCUGUUGAGUGAAUCUGCAAGCGGCUGUUGCCCCCAGCCCUUCCGUGCCUAGCUGCGGCCUGGCUCCCAGCUCCCGGGGGCUGCUUUCCCCUUUUGAAAAGUCACGGUACUUCUUGAGUGCUGCUUUGUAAACUAAGUCCUUUCCUAAUAGUACUGCUCUUUCUGAAGUGGUAGGAUUGCCGCUCUCCCUGAGAAAUGUGUCCACCUGAAAUUUCCCCUAAUACUGUAUUCACUGUGCUUUCAGAACCACGACUUGACUGUGUUAUUAAAUUACAAUAAACUUUUUCUGAGCAGUC